UUCCCAAAAAAACAAAAACGUGUCAGUGAGGAGCGUUAGUGCUUUUAGUGGACCUGUCUGCAGGCGCAGGUGCUCUUUGCAGGUUUGGUGGUCGGACGCCGCUGUUACAUGUUUACGCACCGCCGCUGAAGAGAAGAGGGAAGGUCAGUGAGCAGCGGGCCGACCAGAUAGACUGACCACACAGCCGCUCGCUCAUUGUGCGUUGUGGUGCCACCAGGCCUGUUCAAGAAACAGUUAUUUUGGCCUCAGAUAGCUCAGCUCCAGCUCAGACUGAUGGCCGGCUUCAGCUUCGUGUGUGCUCUGCUUUUGUGCGCCGCUGCGGUGCAUUCAAAGCCCACGUUAAGAAAAGAGAGAGUUCAUCAUGACCCAGAACUGAGCAGGCAAGCCCACGAAGACAAUAAGAGCUACCAAUACGACCAUGAGGCCUUUCUGGGCAAAGAGGAGGCCAAAACAUUUGAUCAGCUCACCCCCGAGGAGAGCAAGGACAGGCUUAGUAAAAUUGUGGACCGAAUAGACAGCAACACAGAUGGCUACAUCUCCACAGCUGAGCUUAAAGCUUGGAUAAAGCGAGUCCAGAAGCGCUACGUGUAUGAGAACGUAGCGAAGGUGUGGACGGACUAUGAUCUGAACAAGGACAACAAGAUUUCAUGGGAUGAGUACAAGCAGGCCACAUACGGAUACUACCUCGCCAACCCGGAGGAGUUUGAGGAUGCCACAGAUCAGUUCAGCUUCAAGAAGAUGCUUCCUCGUGAUGAGAGGAGGUUUAAAGCGGCCGAUCUGAACGGGGACUUGGCAGCAGACAAAGAAGAGUUCACAUCCUUCCUCCAUCCUGAGGAGUUUGAACACAUGAAGGAUAUUGUGGUUUUGGAAACUCUAGAGGACAUUGACAAGAACGGCGACGGACAUGUGGACGAGGACGAGUAUAUUGCGGACAUGUUUGCUCAUGAGGAUGGAGGUCCAGAGCCAGACUGGGUCAGGACAGAAAGGGAACAAUUCUCCGACUUCCGAGACUUGAACAAAGAUGGAAAGAUGGACCAAGAUGAAAUCCGGCACUGGAUCAUGCCACAAGACUACGACCACGCUCAGGCUGAGGCCAGACAUCUGGUGUACGAGUCGGACCAGGACAAGGAUCAGAUGCUGACGAAAGACGAGAUCCUUGAAAACUGGAACAUGUUCGUGGGAAGCCAGGCCACCAACUAUGGAGAAGAUCUGACCAGGAAUCACGACGAGCUCUGAGCUCUCUGUGCAUGUUUGUGUGUGAGAGGAAGGUUGCCGAACAUCUUUGUCCUCAAAGACAAAUCACAGACUCUUGCACUUCCUCCCACCAACACUUCACCACUCCAUCCUUUUCCUCGUACCAGUAAGACAGACGUCGGCGUGUUGGAUUUCAAACCAACACUGUAGAUACCAAAUGAGAGGACAGAUAAGGGUCAGUGCUGCCACUAACUCUAAGGGUCUGUUUCAGUCUUUAUAUCGAUGGUUCUGUUUCUGACAUUCAGGAGCAAAGCCAGACCCGGUGGACUCAACUUUCCAUCUAAGGUGCCUUCCAGCCGCAUCGGCGGCAUCGCUGCCUCAGAGAUUUGUGUAGAUAGUCUUUAUUAAAACCUGUCAAAGCUGAACGCUGUCAGAUACGGGAACAAAGUUUUAAUGUGAAACCACAGGUCAGAACGUUUCUUAUGAUUUUAUUUAUUGAUCAAAUAUCUUCUGAACUUUAGGUUUGAGAGGAAUACAGUGUUUGACUAGAGAUCUUUUUGCAAACUGAAAAUAUAAAUGAUGUUACUUUGUUUACAGUCUUAAUGGCUUAUUGAUUUUAAGGAUUUUUAUUAGUUAAGUGCUUUAAGAACUGUUUAUUAAAUGAUGUUUAAUGGCAUGGGUUUUGCACGCAUUUGGGUUUAGUGUAGCCUGUGAAAGACUUUUUUUCUUGUCUCCAUAGUUAGUUUUAAAUAUAUUUAUUGUUGUACUUAUGGCCAACAGUACGCUUCAUGUUCCUAUUUUUACCUUUGCUAAUGUUACAUUUGAGCGUUACCAGUUUACACCUGUCUAAUUUAAUUCACUUGACUCCUUGCUACCUGUUCCAUCACUCCAAGGCCAUCUUCUGUAUCAGAUGUACUGAACUGCACUUGGCAUUGUAUAUAGCAGCAAGAUGUUUUUUGACAUCAGAAAUUUGUCUUUUUUUGUUACAUGUUUUGCUAAAUAGAUAGUUAAACAGAUCUAUACAACAAUGCAGCUUAUAAAGAGAAUAAACUUUUAGUGGAAUUUAUGAAUCUUGUAACUUUAAUCAAACACUGUCACUUCAAACCCCCUUUCUCUUGUUUCAUCUUUGUCUGUUGUGCCUGCCUCAGUGUCCCAAACCUCAGUUGCAUAGUCUGCAUACCACAUGGGCACAAACGUAUUUACAAACUGCACAUGAUCACAAACUAUGUCCAAAUAAAAAAGACAAGGAAACUA